AUGUCGGUCAAAAGGCAGUGGCCGCUCGAGCUCAUCACGCUCGUGGCCUCGGACACGAGUCCCAGUGCGCAGGCUGCACUGUGCCGAACGUCCAAGGCGGUCAACGACGCCGUUACGCCCCUCCUUUACCGCAACAUCGUCAUCACCCGCGCGAACGCCGACAGGCUCUUUCUCGGUCUUCCCCGCAAGGCAAACGCCAAAAACUUCCGCAUUACUAAGGCCGAGUUCGACAAGGAGAUUGAAGAAAUGAGGGAGAAGUUUGCGGAUAUCUGGGCCCAGGGUGAUGAUCUCUACCUGGAUGGCAGAGGAUGGCAAUCGUUCGACUAUGAGGAGUCGGACCCCGAGACAGACGACGAGCUCAUCCCGGACCUGGACACGAUCAAGAAGGAAACCGAUGCUGUCACUUGGGAACGCAGGAAGGAGCUGUUCAAACACGUCCGAAGGGUUACUUUCGCCCAUGUGCCGAGCGAGUCAUUCCUCACUGACCUGAUGGACCACUUGGGCUUGCCAGAGUGCUUCGACUCCGACGACGAGUUUAACGACGGGGAGGACGAGGAACCGCCAACUCCGCUUUUCCCGUCGCUCACGCAUCUGUCUUUCUCCUCGCGCGUGAUCCGGUACGUCACCGACUGGGCAUCGGUGAACUUCUACCAGUCCGAGACGGUGCAUAUGAUUCCACGUCUAGUUCGCUCGUCGAGAUUCGGCCGACCUACGCACGCCUGUAUCACGAUGCCGAAUGGCCGCGACCUUCCCGAGUUCUUCCGGCGUAUGAUCAAGCGAAACGUCAACAACAUCGACGAACAGAUCAUCAACGAUUUUGGCAACGAGCUUAUGGAAUCCUGGAGUGUCGUGACAAGCGACCCCUCGUCAGCUUUGACCUGCUAUCUGCCCCCCAGCAUCAAGACCUUCUCUGUUCAUGACCUUCGCGAUGUCGGUGUCGCCUAUGAGUUGCACGCAAGACAGGGUACGACAGACGCUGGUUACGGCGUUCCGAUACCGUUCCGCUCAGAUUCACCCGUGACGCAUAAGGUGUUUUACAACCGCGGUCCGCGCACCAAGACGGAUGAGCUCGCACCCGCCAUCUCGUGGGCUGUGAACAGAACUAGCUCUAAGUGCAGCUGGGAGUUCAUCGGCAAGUUCCCUCUGAAAACGAUCGACGAAGUUCGAAAGAAAAUCAAGAGUGACGCAUACAACGCCAAGCUCACGGCCAUCGACGACGGCUACUUCCCGUUCAUACCCGAGGAUGAGAACCCCGAGGCUGCCGCUGCCGUCGCUAGAGCUAAGCGUGCGCUCGAGGAUGCCGGGUUGGCCCUCAGGCAGAGGGAAGUCGCUGCCGCUCAGCAGUAUGAGGAUACACUCAAGGCGAAGGUGCCCGAACUACCAGCCCGGCAGGCAGAGCUGCAAGCUGCGGCAGCCGAAGCUCGCAGGAAAUGGGAGGAAGCGCGCAGUGGGGGAACGCGACAGGAGAUGAACGCUCUGCAACAGCAGAUGCAACUCGCCGAGAACGCGGCCAAAGGCGUUGGCAAGGCAGGAGCGGAGAUUCGCGGCCUCUGGGCCAGGGCUGGGAUAAAGGUUCCUCGCGAGCAGUACAUCAAGCAGAAGACUACCAAUCACAAAGCUACCCGUGACAGAGCCCAGUCACAGCUGUCCACAGAGCAGCUCCGCGCUAGGGAGAGCAGAAAGGAGAAUGCUAGGAAGAGGUUUGCUGCCUUGCCGGCCCCCGAUCCUACCACGCGCGUCACGUUCCGAGAGUUCGACGAGGCUGAGCCCUGCGCCGUGUGCGGCGGCGGUAAUGUCGUCGAUCGCGACCUGAACGAGCUCCUCGAGCGUGCAUGGAGCUACCGAGUCUAG